AAUAUUUCAGAAAAAUGAGACGCGGGUGCUUGGUUCCCAUUGUUCCCCCUAUUUCGAGAAAGGAAGAGAGCAGCAAGAAGCAGCCGCAUAAGUAUGAGGCCAUCUUGGCCGAGGCAGACUCCCAUGUACACCACGAGACCAUUGAUGAGCUUUGGACACUCCUCUACUCUGGUGUUUUCUUGAGCAGUCGUAAGAAGAGAUAUUGGGUGGAUGAGGAAUCCAGAGGAAAUUGCUUCAUUUUGCAUGCUAGGGAUUUAAAGAUAGUAUGGGGUGAAGAUGACCGUUAUUGGCGUUGGAUACCUUUGCCAGAAUCAGGCCAUCCAGAGAUCGAAAUAGCCGAGCUUCUUAAUGUGUGCUGGGUUGAGGUGAGGGAAAGAUAGAUGCAUCAUGGCUCUCUCCAGGCGUAGACUACAUUGUUGUGAUGCUCUCACGGGUGGGAAGCACAAGA